UUGGAGCAGGGGUACCGCAUUCAUCGAACUCUCAGAGGAUUCAACUUCCCUCUCACAAAAUCCGUUAUUGUUCAAUGUUGGCAUGAUAGGGAGGGAGCGGGAGAUGUUUUUUCUGCGCGGAUGCUCACUUCAGGUCGUUAUUUACCUGAUGGCAAUCACCAGACGCUUCGCGGAACAGCAUACUGAGCAGGUCGACGGGGAUGCAUGUCCUUUGCAGUAAUAUGUUUAAAACUUAAAAUUAGAUGCCACCUGGAUUUAUAUUUUUUGAUCAUGUUGUCUUCAUUUAAGUCGAUACUAUGUACAUGUUCUGGGUGUCGUUUGCAUUGGUGUUUGGUUCGCGGUUACCCAUCGUCUUUCCAUUGGAGGACAUCGUGUCGUCCGAUGUGGAUCCGGUCACCAAAGCUCUAGAAUAUGUUGAAGAGAUAGCGAGGCAGAAAGAUAACUGCUCGUUCGGACCGUCCCUCGAUCUUCAGUACAACCAAGACCGUUGGACUAUGCAGGCCAACGUGGCAGUCAAUACUGCAAAUCUCUUGACGACCUUCUCGAGGACAGGCAACCACAUCCGUGGUAUCCAUCCCGAAGACGAGGAUCUUCUUUACUCACUGGUCCUUGCGAACGUCCAGAACCAUGAAGAUGUCUUCGGAUCAGCUAUCGCGUUCAAGACGAGUUUUUAUCGCGACUAUGCCCUCUUCUGCCCAUAUGCAUUCCGGGCUCCCGAUCCAUGUGAUGCAAUUACUGCCAAGGAUCUCUCAAUCGGAUAUAACUACACCAUGGAAGAAACAGAUUGGUUCCACAUCCCUUUUAAGUCCUUCAGAAACUACACCUUUGGCUUGUCGUCUGCAGUAACAACAAGCUCAACUUUUCAGGAUAAUGAGUUUGUGUUUAGCUCGCCCGAGUCAGACAUUCCAUGCGAACGAUGCACCGGGAGCUCCUCUUUAGAGAAUACGAUGGGUUCCCUUGUCAAUCCCACUCCCACUCCUGGGGUAGCCAUAACUUCUGAAGAGUUCUCCUCACCCUACGCUCUUUCAACACAUUCGUAUUAUCUUAGCGCCACAGAAUUGUCAACUCUGGGAAGUCAGGUAGCCACACAGAUAGGACUACACAAUGGCACCACAGACACGACAGAUCCACUGAAAUAUAUCACCAAGGAUGCUUUGGUCACAGACACACCUACUACUCGAAUCAGGAACGCAACUGCUGCUGAUAUUCAAUCCAAUGUGAGCGAGGAUCUUCCUCUACCAUCACAAUCACAGGUUCCCGUUCUGGACAAUAUGCACUUUGUUGAUAUCACCGAUGGCUACUGGACCAAACCUUACUUUGAUUGCGGUGGAGGAGACGUCUGGAUGGUCACAUUUUCUGUUCCCUUUUUCUGGUCUAACCCGGCAUCGGGGUCAGAGUUCACUUUCGCUGGUGUGACAACCAUUGAUAUUUCGCUGGACCAACUCGACAUACACCAGUGUGCUUUGAAUGAUACUGGGAACAGCAGCGAAGGCAAAAUAUUUGAUCCGUUCGUUGGUACACACAGAUGCAAAAAUACGACACAGUGCCUUCACGUAUCUGGGAAGGGGUUUCAGAGAGGAACAUAUCUAUGUCAGUGUAAACGUGGCUACUACUUCCCACCCGAUGCGGUGUCCCAUGCGGACAACACUCGAUCUCCCGCCUUUUUAGGAAGCGCCAUUGAGGAAGAAUACAACAAGAAAGCGUAUGGAUUGGAGAAUGAUUACGACAGUGCCUUUGAUUGCCUGCCUUGCCAGCCCGGUUGUGAUGAAUGUGAUGAUGACAGUCCGUGUUUGGCUCGUCCCAAUAUCACGUUAAGAUGGUGCUUCCUUGGGGCCAACCUCAUCUGUAUCAUUCUUCUCGUUGUACUAGGGAUAUAUACCUACCGCCAUCGUGAGAUUAGGAUUUUUAAAGCAGCCAGUCCUGGUCUUUUGUACGUUAUUCUUAUCGGAACGGGGUUAAGCUACUGUGAGACAAUCAUAUCGAUAGCGGCUCCGAUAGGACUAUUCUCGUGUCAAGGCCUACUUUGGUUUAGAUACCUUGGUUUCUGGCUUGCCUAUGGAGCACUUCUGUUCAAAACGUGGAGGAUCACCAAAGUUUUCACGGUUCGAAGCGCCAAACCCGUGCGCAUUACUGACAGGAGCCUGUUCCUCCGGAUCUGUAUCCUAUUGGCGAUUUUCGUGGUCUUUCUCGUAGCCUGGACUUUUCUAGGCCCAUCAGAAGGUCAGCAGGUCCGCAACCAAGCGGGACUUAAAUACUUCCGGUGCUCGCAAAACGCAUGGAAUUAUGCAAGCAAAGCCGGAGAACUGAUCCUUCUCAUUUGGGGGAUGUACCUUUGUUUCAAAGUGAGAAAAGCUCCCUCUGCGUUCAACGAAUCAAGAUACAUCAGCGUAUCCAUAUACAACGAAGCUCUCAUCAGUAUAUUUGGAGCAGUCGUUUCCUUUGUGAUUCCGGCAGAAUUUGCAGGCCCUGAUACGUUUCUCAUAAUCAAUUUUUGUCGGCUUCAUGCAACGUUCACUGUCAUGGUGGCUCUUCUUUUCUUGUCAAAGAUUUGCAUGUUCUACCGGACCAAUACUGACAAGAAGAAGGCAGAAAGCAAGAAGAGCCAAGUUGUUUUUACUAUCGAUAACUCUAGUGUGAUUAUAGACUUUUCUCAUGAAAAUCCAGAAGUGUCGGAUGAAUUGGGUCGACUUCAACAAGAAUUAGUCGAUAUUAAAGAAUUGAUCAGUCUUGGCCUGGUCAACCAGUCCAUCACCAGCAUCAGCAAGAUACAGGACAUCGACGUUACAUCGUCACUGCCUGAUAUCCCGGCAUAUCGCUCGCUCAGGGACGUCAUCGCGAAGGACAGCAACGUCCAGGAAACCGGCAGUGGAACGAGCACACCAACCUUCCUGAAGAAAGGUUCUAAGAUCAGAGGACGUGGCUCACCGAAAAUCUUACUGGGGUCUUUGCCGGGAUCUUUGGCUAGUAACUCGAGUCCAUCGAGGUUGUUGAAUAUGUCGUAUGGGAGUGCGGAGGUAAAGGAAGGUGUGGUCAAUCGCGGUAUUGGUGAGAAGUUCGCUCGAAUAGAUUCAGGGGUGAUUACUGAUGACAUAGACGAGAAUUCUGACGAAGUAGUGGCUGAAGUGAAACAAGUUUCAUCAAGGCUCUGUAAAGAAAGAUUACAUGAGGAAGUGGUUAGGAGAAAUAGUUCCCCGGGCAGGAGUUUUGCCAAUCAAGAUGUCAGAGAAGCAGCAGUUCUUCCUGGGGAAAGCCAAGAUGACAAAGAUGCUUCAAUAGCAUUGAAACACAGGAUUGACCCUUCAAGUUCAAAACAAUUUUCACAUCUAGGGGGUGAUUUUGAGCAGGAAAGCUUUUCACCUCUCAAUAUAUAUGCCUCCGUGAUUGUUGACAGCAUACUGAAAGACAGUAUCAACACCGCAGAACAAUAUACAAACAACACUUCAAUUUCUUCGAGAGAUAUCAGUGGUUUGCAAUCUCCGCAUUUAUAGACUCAGUACUUGAUAUAUUUACUGGAGGUAAUUUUACUGUUUUCAUGCCUUACAAGAAAAGAGUAUUAUGGAACGAUUUGGCGGCAGAGUAUAAAAUAAACCAAAUAUCGAUAACUAC